UCUACUCUUUAAAAAGCAUCAGUUGGGUUUAACGCCCAAAGAAAUGACAGCGCCAGGAGAAGGGCGAGUGGGCAUCAGCUCCUUACUGCCCGAUGGCUUGUGAGAGGUGGUCCGUGUUUGGACUCCGCCAACGGCGUUACACAGCAACCUCUUACCGCUUGUGUCCUGCCCUGCACGUGCAGGCGGGGGUGUCCGGCUAUCGGCUGCAGCGGGAGCAGUCAGAGCGAUGAAAGCAAGGCCCUGGGAGUCGGGACGUCUGGCCCUGGCUGUGCUCUUGCAGGAUGGUGGGCGGAUGAGCCUCUCCGUGCCCCGUUUCCCGUGGGGCUUGCUGAGUUGCAUUCUACAGGGGUGCCUGGGUGAAUGGUCGAGAGACGGGCACAGCGUGGGGGACAGGGUCACGCAGAGGCCCAAAGCUGGCCACGCUCAGGACCCCUUGCGCUGGGGCUGCAUGGGCACAGCUUGUAGCUGCUCUAGCCCAGCUAGACAAAGGCUGGGGGCAUGGAAGAACCAUCCGCCCCUCUCACGUGGGGAGAUGAAGUGACUUGCUCAGAAAUACACAGUGGGGAGCAGAAGCGUGACCCAGAUCUCCUGUGUCCCAGGCUGGUGCUUUAACUGCACGACGCCCCAUUUGGAGUCGCAUCCGCUCCGGAAUCUGCCCCUGCAACCGAUUCUCUUUGUGCACCUAAAGCACUUCAAUGAGCCACGGCUCCUUCCCCACCCGGAAUACCCACCCAGCCCCCCUGUUUGCAGGUGGCGCUCGGGUGGCACCAGGCUGUUUGGAAUCCUGGAGCUGGCGUGUAGGCACCGUGCACCCCAUUGCGUGUGCAGUGUAGCAGCCCUGGCACAACCCCAGGGGAUCAUGGGACCAGGACAGGAGUAGAGGGGGUGGGAUGCUCUUGUGCUCCAGGAGAUGUCUCCCCUCUGACCCUCUCCCUGCCCUUCUGUGUGCGGGGAUGGAGCUGGGAGUGAUACCAGGCAGAUCUGCCUUUCCAUGAUCUGCUGGAAGGAUUGUUCAGGGCAGCUCCCCAGGCUGCGCUAUGCAGGGAGCGGGGUGCACGGUCACACUGGUCUGCGGAUCGCUGAGCUCAAGGAAAGGAAAAUGUGUGUGGAGUCAGCUGGUUGCCCCCACCCUCUGCAGAUCCUCUUGGCUGGGGGAUGGUGUCCCAGGGACGUGGGGGCAGCCCCGGAGCUCGGGGCUCUCCGCAUGUGCUGUGAGGAGCAGUGCUGGGACAGAUGCGUGACCCGGAUAUCCUGCCACCCUGGCUGGACGUGUUUGGCUGGACGUUUCUGCCGAGAUGGCCAGCAGGGCCCUGGGAAUGGAGGGAAAAGCUGGGAAAAGUGUCCCCAAAGGAAGCUGUUCCGCAAUAGACUGCCCUUUGAACUCCUGUUACUCGGGAGUAGCGUUGGCUGUGUAGACAAACCCGGAGUCCUGCAGGAUCCUCGCGGGCGGGUGUGGUGCUUUGCAGGGAAGGGGGCUGCGCUAUCGGCCCUUUGCAGACCCAGACACAGAUCCCUUUGCCCAGGGCUGCACCCCCGCCUGCCAUGUGGCGAAUAGCCCAUCGAGGGCUCUUUGAUGUCCUGCUUGACUCAGGGAGGCUAAGGGAAGGUCCUGGGGACAGAUUCCCUGAGACCCAGGCCCUGCACCUUGUUCCUGGCUGAUUCUUAGGGCUCUUCAGUCCGCUCUCCUCCACUCUCAGCCCGUCAGCCGGUGGGGAGCAGGCCCUGGUGGUUCUGGGUGGCAUCUGGGUUGGGGGCUCUUGGCGCUGCUGAUGGGGCUGAUUGUCUCUAGCAGGGGCCGAGGUGGAGGAGAGCACUAAGAAUGGGAGCAAGAAACUGGAUGCGAUGACCCUCAUUAAGGAAGACAUGUCUAUCUUUGGGCACUGCCCCGCCCAUGACGAGUUCUACCUGGUGGUGUGUAACCACUGCAGCCAAGUGGUCAAGCCUCAAGCCUUUCAGAAGCACUGCGAGAGACGGCACGGACCUCUCAGCAAGCUCUACGCCCGGGCGCAGGCGUCCGCCAACGCCCAGAAGUGCCAUGCCGUCAAUGGGCAGCCCCCCGCUUGCGGGGCCCAUGGCAGUGCCAAGGCCUCGCGGGAGCAGUCGCAGAGCUCCCGCAGCCGCUUGUUCAUGCCAGUGGUGAACCUGGAGAAGAUUUCCAGCCUUCCCAAGCCAGAUGGACACGGCAUCAAGGUGCCUCCGAAGGCGGCUGCUUCCAUCCCCGGGCAGCCGUCUGCCAGCUCCAAAGAGCUCCUGGGGAAGCUGUCGUCGUGCCCACCGACGGCCUGGACAGGAAGGCCCUUGGGCGCCCGUGCCGUCGUGCCCACCGACGGCCUGGACAGGAAGCCAGAGAGCACCGCUGCCACGGGGGAAAAGGAGCCGGGCCCCACCAAACUGCCCCCCAAAUCCCACAAGAAGAUGGCGCGGAAGGAGUGUGAUUUGAACAGGCAAUGUGGAGUUGUGAAUCCCGACACCAAAAAGAUCUGCACCCGGCUGCUGACCUGCAAGAUUCACUCCGUGCACCAGCGCCGCGAGGUGCAGGGUCGGGCAAAGGACUUUGACGUCUUGGUGGCGGAGCUGAAGGCCAGUUCCCGGAAGGGGGAGUCCCCCAAGGAGAAGAGCCCGGUGAGGAAGGAAGCGCCCCCCGACCGACUCUCCCAGGAGGCCUCCUCUGGGGCGCAGACCUCGUUGGUUCUACCCAGCACGUCCCCUGGCCGAGCAAGGCAGCCCCACUCCCACUGUGCACUUCCCAGUUCCAGGGUGUCCUCAGAGAGCGACCCAGAGGAGCCGCCCGUAUCCUGUGGUGACAGAGACCCAGGGCUCUACCCCUUCCCCGUGCCCAAGGGCAGCAGCCGGGUGUCGAGUGACGAGAGCGAGGACGACGCGGCCGAGGAAUCCCACGGGCUGGACUGUCACUAUGCAAUGCGGCCACCACGGCCUCAGGCGUUCUGCACCUUCGGAAGCCGCUUGGUCAGCCCCGGCUGUUACGUGUUCAACCGACGGCUGGACCGGUUCUGCUCGGCCCUCAGCUCCAUGCUGGAGAGACACCUCAGCUCGCACAUGUGGAAGAAGAUCCCGCCAGCCGCUGACCCCCAGCAGCACCCGGCCCUGUCGCCCGCUGGCCCGGGCUCCUCCAUGUCCAGGACUUCCCAGAUGGGCAGCUCCUCGCAGGUGUGCAGCCUUCCCCACGGCGCCCCCGGGCGGACCUCCUUGUCUUGCACAGCCACAGCCGCCAGGGAGAGCCGGGGCCACCCCAGCCUGAGCUACACGGUGGGCUCCCCCCACGCCGCGGCCGCCUGCAGCCAGUCUGACUGCACGGGCGGGAGCCAGUCCAUCACCUCCCCGCUCCCGGCCAACACCCCCUCGCCAUCCUUCAGCAAGUUGCCUUCCACCAAGGCCAGCAAGUCCUCCAAAGCCAAGGAGACGGCGAAUGGGGCGGAGCCGGAGGCCUUGGCCCGAAAGCGCAAGCAGCCUCUGGGGGCUGCGACUGGCCCCCCGUACAAACGGACCUGCCUCCUGGACCCGGGCAAGGGCAAGCUGGCUGGCUGCCACGUGCCCCACCCGCCUGCAAAGCCCAAACCCUCCCUGGGCUCCCCCUCCAGCACCUCCCUCAACGGCACCAUCUUGCCAGGCUCCAGAGUCAAGCGGGCCGGCCACCUGGACUGCCGGGCUCCCGGCCACCCUCCGGUCAAAGCCUCCCAGCUGGAGAACCGGGGCUCCCCGCUGAACGGGCCAAAAGCGCUGCAGGCCAACUGCCUCUCGGAGGAGGAGGCCAAGAAGCGCAAGAACGCGGCCACCUACUGCCGGCCAGUGAAGGCCAAGCACCACGCCGCCGCCGACUCGGGCUGUGCUGUGCGCAGGAAGAAGGCCGUCGCCGCGCUGGGCUUCGAGGAGAAGCGGAACACACUCAAAUCGAAAGCGCAUUAACAAGCAAGUGCCUGUGCGAUGCAGACGGAGCCAUCGGUCCUGAGGACUGGGAGGCCCUGGGUCAGAUUCGGAGGCCGCUGCUUUUUAUAACUUUAUAUUAUUUUUUUUAAAAGAAAAAAACUCUAUAAAAAUACCUCAAGACUCUUUUCCUGUUCUGUUGCUGCUAAAAAACCUGAACGAACAAAAUCCCAAGGGGGAAACCGUAGAGACGCAAACCCGACCCACACCUGGGAGGAGGUUGGAAGCGGAUGGACUGGACCGAGGAGGCAGCCACACAGCCGGGCUGGGAUAUUUAUAAGAAUUAUUAUUGCUGUUUUUGUUUCUUUUUUAAAAAAAAGAAAAACCAGUAUUGAAAGGGU